GCCCAUGGUCUUUUUCUACAUAUGUCAUUUUGACAAUCUAGCAACACACAACAAUAAUCGUCAUUUGAUACAUAUUCCAUGAAUGAUUGAUCUCUUUUGCAUUUGUUCGUCCCUUUCGUUUUCAACUUGGUACUCGUAAUUUCUUUUAAAGAACAACUACUUGCAAUUCCCAAACAUGGAGUACUACAUUUGUCUAGCUUCCAUCAAAGUAUAUAUAUAUGAAACAGCAACCUUCAAUUAAUUUAGCUCUCGUUGAUCGAUUGAUCGAUCAGUUUGCAGGCUGUGUUGGCUGCAUCAGGUCAGCAAUUAAUCUAGCUAGUCAUCUACGGCUAGAUAACCCUUGCAGUUCUCGUCUACACACUUCUCUUUGCGAGAGCCGUUGUUCAUCAUGGCAGGCGAGCAAGGUUCAGCUAUGGCCAACAGAGGAGGCCGGGCAAAUCGGAAAGAAGGGGAGGACGAGCUACGAGGCUGGCUGAUGUUGCUGGCGACGCUGACGGCGUCCAUCACGUACGCGGCGGCGCUGAACCCUCCCGGCGGCGUCUGGCAAGCCGACGACGCCGCCAAGGACUUCGUCGCCGGCUACCCGGUCCUCCUCGACAAGUCGCCGUGGCGCUACUACGUCUUCUACUACUGCAACGCCACCUCCUUCGCGUCGUCCGUGUGCAUCAUCGUCCUGCUCGCCACCAACUUCUACCUGAGCCAUACCAGUGUCAUGGUCUUCAACGUGCUCGUCGCCCUGGACAUGGCCAGCUUGGGCGCCGCGUUCGUCGCGGGCUCGUCGAGCAGCAAGCGGUUUACGGCUUUCAACGCGGGGCUGAUGGUAUGCCUCGUCGUGCUGUUCCUCCUGUGGAAACUGAAGUUUCUCAUGGGUAAUGAUCAAGCAGGUCAAAAUCCUGCUAGUGGAGGUGUCGCCAAUUUACAACAUGGCAACAGUGCAUUAUAAAUUUAUAAUAAUGUAAAUAAAUUUCUCUGAUUUAAUCAUGUCAUGGUAGAUGUAUACCGGAUAUAAUGCCUGCUGCCUGGCACUUUGCUAUGGAACCUAAUGAUGAAUUUAUACGUUAAAUAAUGUUGAAAUAUGGUAUAUGGAUAUAUUUUAAAAUUUAAUAUUAUGGAAAUGAUGUCGAGG